AUGACGGCUGUCUUGGCCCGAGACUCGAGACGGAACCAGAGUUUUGAGUCCGACGAGAGCGACCGCCAGUCCGUGGAUGCCCAGAAUCCCAUGGCCAGCGAUCUGCCCCACGAUGAAGACGGGGACAAUAUUCAUAGGGAUGACGAUGAGAAACACUCCAUCAUUGAUCACACAGGGAAGCGAAGAGGUAAUGCAAGUUUUCAUUAAUUUUUUCUUGAAUUUUAAGCUUUUCUGAUAUUAUACUGGACAUCUAUGCCUUGAUUUUGAAAUAUCUUUUUGAUUACCGUAAAUUUCGCGCUGCCCUCUCCUAAUAUUUACUCGUUAUCCACAAGGAAAUGUUUGCAAAAUCCCUCCUCUCUCUGCAAACAUUACCCAUUUCCCCAGAAACCCAUCUUCGUGUUGUAAUUGGUCACUUUUUCAGCCAUCGCCGACCACGUCCUCGUGAACGGAGAGCGCAUCGUUGUCGUGGACCCGAACGUAUCGGACGUGGAGGAGACCGACGAGGACUCGGAUCGACCAGCCUCUUCAGCCAAGCGUUCCGUUUCCCCGCAGGCCAACAAUCGGCGGAAAGCAGAUUUGCCGACGAAAAGGGCCGCAACCGGUGAGCUACCGUCCAGUCCGGCUAGAAAAAUGGGCCGAAAUGCGUCGACGGUGUCGCUAAAUGACUCUGGAAUUGUCAGUGGAGAUGAAACGGCGUAAGUUAAUUUAAAUAGGAUAUAAAACAUUAAUUUACUUGAAAAUUACUUGAAAUUUAAUUUUUUUUUGUUUGAAAAAAAUAUUAUUACCCCCUAAUAGCGAGAAAUUUUAGAUCCCCAAAUGUUUCUGUCCCCGCCAACCUGCUAAAACUCCUGUUAGCCGCCGCAGCCGGUGAUGAUAAUGUGGCUUUCACGGAGGUUCUAAAGCAAUGUCCCGAACUGAUCGAAUCGUUCAACGAAUACCUCCCAUCGUGCUCAAAACAACCUCAAAAGAUCAAGGAAGAGAGUGAAGACUCAACCACCAUUGAUCCAAACACACUGGCAAAGCUAUGUAAGUCAACAGUUGAAAAAGUUAUAUUAUACUUGGCAUCAAGUAGUUGUUGGAGGGAAAGGGUUGUAACUCAGAAAGUAGAUGUCUAUUAGAGCAAUGAAUUGAAACAGAAGAAGCUAGAGGACUGAUAGUCCUUCUAGAAUAAUAAGAAUGAGGUUUUUUUGAAUUAAUUCCCAAGACCAGCCCGUUUUCUGAUCCCUUAUACUAAACUCCAUCCCACCCAAAAAAAGGUCGCUGUAGCGUCUCGUGACGUUCUAAGACCCUCUAUUCACAACUCCCCGUAAGGGUUCUGAACUCAAGCACAACACCAGAACAGCACUUUAACACCAGUCACCCGCUGUGAGUAAUCCCAUUGAUCAGAAGCGACCUGUCCCACUAGUAUAAUAUAAUAUGUGGGCUUCCAUUUCUUUUUGUAUUCUGUCGUUGCGUUUCGGAGUUCCGACUCGAAGCCUGUCGCAUGUUCGCCCUCGACCCUCCCCAUAAGCCUUUUUUACGUUUUUAAUCUCUCGAAAAGCACCGCGCGGGUUGCUUUUGUUCCUGCAGUGGUCGGGUUGUGUGUUUCUAACCCCCAAAAAAGCGAAUUUACGCGUUCAACCCUCGAAUUUAAUUAGAUUGGCCUCCCCGGAAACACUUGACAGUUUACAGAGCAGUAAUUUGACAUGUAAACGCGCGAAUUUCAAGUGAAAACACAAUUUUCUGAGAAUUUUUAGUGCAGAUCGGAAAAAAAGUCGAAUCUUUUUAGAGUUGUUUACUCGAAAAAGAAGCGGAUAAUGGAGGAAUUAGAAGUAUAAUGCUAGGGUAAACAUGAGAAAUCAGAUUAACCAGGAUUUGCAGAGUCCAAAAUCUUCUUUUGCAACGAAAUUUGCGAGCGAAUUAGCGGGAAAAUUAAUGAAAUUUUAUAAAUUACUGUAAUGUGCUCCAAUUUCAGCGGCACUGUCAUCAGCUGAGCAAAUCACGACCGCUUUGGCCCUGUGGCCAAAUGCCACAAUUGGUGAUCUGGCAAAUCGCGCCUUCGCUUUGGGCCAAGAACCCCAACCAGCGACUAAUAAGAAGGUCAUGAAGCAGCCGAAGGUGGAAAGCGGGGAUCAAGGAAGCACGAAUUGGCUGGAUCUCUUCAGAAAGGUUGGUGGUUUGGUUUUCUAGAUAUUUUUUUUGAUUUCUGGACCUUAUGAGCUAUCACUGACCUACUACAAUAUAAUUUUUUAUAUAAAAUUUUAUAAUUUUUCAGGAAAAGCCAGAGCAGAUCACAGUAACUCGAACACCUGUCCGUGCAACUCCAGGCCGCGCCAGAGACACAGUCCAUCACAUGAAGUCUUCAGAAUCCGUCCUCAGUCAACUUCGAGCACAAAAAGCGGAAUCAAAUCCGGAAUUAGCGGAAUUAGAACAGUUUGCACAGCAUUUCAAGAGACAGCGGAUCAAGCACGGUGAGUUUUCGGAGUUCAAAAACCUUAAAAUUAUACUCUUCAGGGUAAAAAAGAAGUAUGUUUCUGAUGAUUUUGCUUCAUAAAACGCGAUCUAACAAGUCGUUUAGGGUUCACCCAAGGAGACGUCGGAGUAGCUCUGGGCCGAAGAUAUGGCACCGACUUCUCGCAGACCACGAUAUCCCGCUUCGAAGCGCUGAAUCUGUCCUUCAAAAACAUGUGCAAACUCCGCCCGCUGAUGGAGGAAUGGAUGAACGAGGCCGAAGCCGCAAUCGAGCGAGGCGCCUCGGUCACCGAGAUCGUCGAAGCCGAAUCCUUGGCCGCCCCUUCGAAUGAGACCAUCGACGAGGAAGCGGCCCAACUCAAAGCCCUCCUGGAACAAAGCGUCGACACGAGCCAGGUCCGUCCUUUGGUGUAUGGUGGUGUUAACCGUAGUCCAUUGUAUAAUAUGUGUAAUGUCCCGUCUACUAGUUUCGCGGCCGAGAAUCUCGGCCAAAAGUCUAAUUUCCGCCAAAAGUCUGGCAAGAAUCCGACGAUAACGUCUAAAGUAGGUCCUGAGAAGAUUCAUGUAGGAGUCAAAAAUAGCCCCAAUGCUGCUUUAAGACUUGGAAGCUUUAAGCCAGUAGGUUAUAGCGCAAGGAUUUAUCAGAGAUCACCGGAAAGUCCGAUUUGGACCAACAAAAAUGAGGUAAAAGGUCAUAAAAUAGAUGCUUUGGGUAAUAAAGAGCCUGGUAAAAACGCUGAAAGCUCUAGAAGACCGAGUAGACAAGAUGUCAGAGACAAUGAGCAUGUGAAACGACUCCUAGAGAGGGCAGAGACAAGAUUGAAAAGCCUUGAUUUGGAGAAAACUCAGCGAAAAAAUAUUGAAAACUUUUUGGAAUCGGUCAGAAAUUUACCUUACGUGGAUGAAGAUGCUCUGCCAUUGGUCACUGAAGUCCUCUACGAACUCAACGCCAAACUGGUCGGAGAACCAGUGGUUUAUUCACCAGUGCCGGAAAGAGAAAGGAAGAAUAAUCUGGCUGAACGACUCUAUAAAUGGUUUACAAAAUGCAUUUCCCCGGAUAAAAAGGACGAUUUGAAGACAAAAGAAACUGAAGAGGAGUCUGUGGCAGUUGCGAUUCAUGCCCAACAGAUGUUAUCGAAGCUACAACAACCGGAAAGAGUCAAAAAUUUGGAUAAACAUCUACCCGAUUGGAUGGUGAAUUUUGAUGAAGACGAUUUGAAAAAAGAAGAGGCUUACGACUUGGUUGAUGACGAUGAUGGAGCUCUGCAGACCCAAGGCAACGAUGUUUUCAACAAACAUUUCAAUUCCACACAUUGGAAUGGACAAGAAAGGCCAGUCCAGAUGGACCUUGGAUAUGACGAUAAUUUCAAAAGCUUCUGGAAUAAUGAUUGGUGGAACAACAACCAAUACAAUUACGGAAUGCCAUGGCAAGACCACAGCACAUUCUUUUGUGCAGUUGCGUUGCAGAAACAGCAGGAUGACGCGGACAAUUAUCACAAUGAAUGGAAUGAAAGCGAAUGGAAUUCCGUCGAGAGGGGACAGGGAAUUUUGUGGGCAGAAGACUUCCUUGACGAUGUACAGGAUCUUUUCUAUGUUGAUGUGGGAGAUGAGUAAAGAUAAGAGGUGGACAUUGAUGUGGGCCUUAAUUUCUGGCCGAGUGUGAAGGCUUUUGGCGAGAGAAGAGAUCAAGAUGAUAAAUUGAGAAUUACGGUUAAGAUCAUGUGACAAAAAAGUAUCAAAAUGCAACAUAGAUGUAAUAAAAUGCAACCUUUUUUCUGGCCGAAGAGAGCUGUCUGUUGGACGGAGACAACGCUUUUCGGUCAGAAAAUAGAUGCAUUUUAUUACAUCAGUGCUGCAUUUGGACACUUUUUUUGUCACUUUAGAUCCUGUCAGGGACUGUAAGAGCAACUGCGAAAGGUUGAAGGUGUUAUAGAGAGAUGUAAAGAGUAUUGUAAAGCAUUUUCAAGAUAAACAAGAAGUUGAAACGGUCUAUCUCGGUGGCAUAAGCGUGGCUCGGUCUAAGGUCCCAAAUUUGAAAUCCUCAUAAUUUUUAGGAGGUUUAGAGUUAUAGUUCAAUAAGAUUUCAGUUUUACAGAUUAUGAAAAUCGUUCUAAUUGCAUCCAGUAUUCGCUUUUGCUCUCGCAUCUCAGCUUCUCUCCGGCAGUUAUUACUCGUAAACCUCGUUGAAUUGUAUAUAUCUCAUUGACUUGUUGUCUUACAUUUGUGUGUUUACAAUAUGAUGUAACAAGGUUGGUUAUAUCCGUGGAAAAUGAGUAUGAAAAAAGAAGAAAGUACUAAUAAUAAUGAAAAUUUCUAUUUGGUGUCGAGCGAUGUGAUCUAAAAAUUCGCUUUUUGUGAUAAAGUAGGAGCGAACUUUGGCUGAAUUGCUGAUUUUGCACGGAUAUUCAAUCAAAAUGAUUGUUUUUUUUUGAUAAUUUUGAUCAAUAUUACUACUUAUUCGAAUAAAGAUAAUAUUCUGGAAUGAUUUCAGUUCUCCCCCGACCGCUGUUCCCCCAUCCUCCAAGGUGCCGUCCAAACUGCCUUUGGCCUGCCCACCCUGAAGAAACGGAGAAAACGCACGAAUCUAGAUACCCGCCAAAAGGAUGCUUUGGAUGCGUAUUUCAUCGAAAAUCCCCGGCCAGAUCACGGGAAAAUGGCCGAAAUUGGCGCGGAAUUGGAUUUGGAUCCCGAUGUGAGUCGAGAAGUUUAUUAAUAGACCCUUAGGGCAUUUGUAAUAGUUGUAAUUUUUGAGUUGUGCUUUUUUAGAGUCAGUUUUUUUAAGUUGAUGAAGACUAAAUUCGAAUUAUUUUUUCAGGUGGUCCGUGUCUGGUUCUGCAAUCGCCGGCAAAAGCUUCGGAAAGUGAUCUAA